AAGAUGUCGGCUGAGAAAGGAAGACGACUGUUUAAGAAACUGUGCUCACAUUGCCACAAUAUAAGCGAAGGGGAAUCACACAAGUACGGUCCAAACCUGUUUGGUGUGUUUGGUAAACAAGCCGGUUCAGUACCUGGAUACCAUUACUCAGAACAACAUAAGAAUAGUGGACUCCAAUGGACUGAAUCUAAUUUGAAUAUGUAUCUAGAAAACUUCAAAGAAACUAUUCCUGGAUCUAAGAAGAAGAUUCCUGGAGUGAGUAAGGAGGAACAAAGAAAAGAUUUGAUUGAAUUCAUAAAAACUACAACAAAUGUUUAGUCGCCCCCCAAUACAUAUACUUAGAGUAGUAGUCCUCCCCCCCCCCGCUACGUGUUAAUGUUUGUCCUUCUCCCCUUAAAAAUGUACUUAUUGUAUAUUGUGUAGCCUCCUUGAAUUUGAAUAGUUUAAAUUUUUUAUCUAUUUUUGUACAGUAAUAAUGCUCAGAAAUAUUGUUCUUGCAUGAAUAAAGCAGACAUUUACCA